AUGGAAGGAUGUAUUCGAGCACCUCAGAUGAUUGAGAGAUCACGCAGAAGCAGCAGUAGCCAACAGCAUGCGCGAAGAAGCUAUUCACCGACCUCCGAAUUUAUUGUGCAGAGUGCUCGAGACUCGCUUGUGGCGGAUCCAAGAUUUCGGAAUGCCUGCAUUCGCAUAGACACCGGGUUUUGCUACAAAAAGUGUGCCACGAUCUUAGUCUUCACGUCGGGAUGUUCAGAUGAGCAUUUCAUCGGCCUCUCGGAACAACUCAUUGAAGAAGCUGUGCAGGCAGCGAACAGAGCACUGCUCGGCUUUCCCGGUAUGUACAACGACUAUCGUGUGCGAGCUUAUGAGCUCCGUGGUAAAGCGUUCAAAGUGCGAGCCGCAUACCGAAGUCAUCACGAAGCUCACUCCAUCAAAGUUCAUUCUGAUCUUCACGUUGCUGCUCUAGAUUACUAUUCGCUUUGA